GAGAGAGAAAGAGAGAGAGAGAGAGAGAGAGCUGGAGUUUCUUUCUCCAGUCCACGUCUCUUCAAAAUGGCGCAACUAAAAGUCUUCUUUCAACCCCCCUUUAUAAAUAUUUGAUUUUAAUUCUUUCUAUGAUUUAUUACAUCCCCAUUUCUUAACACCCUUCCGAUUUCCUAUAAUCUCGGGUCGUUGGCUAAUUCGGCUUCGGUGGCUGCCUUACAAAUUCCUUAAUUCAUUGCCUUAGUCUAGUAUUUCGUAGAAGAAAAUGUCGCCAAAGGGCAGCAAAGAUAGCCGCAAAGUUUCUCUCGAUCUGGCUGCAUGGCUUUUCAAUAUCGUAACCUCGGUCGGAAUUAUUAUGGUCAAUAAAGCUUUAAUGGCUACUUAUGGAUUCACUUUCGCUACGACUUUAACCGGCCUCCAUUUUGCCGCAACUACCAUGAUGACUCUUAUUCUAAAGUACCUCGGAUAUAUCCAAACGACUCAUCUCCCAUCAUCGGAUAUUAUUAAGUUUGUUAUAUUCUCAAAUUUUUCUAUUGUCGGAAUGAACGUCAGCUUAAUGUGGAAUUCAGUCGGAUUCUAUCAGAUUGCGAAGCUGAGCAUGAUUCCAGUUUCGUGUUUUCUUGAAGUAGUAUUGGACAGGGUGCAGUAUUCGAGGGACACAAAGCUAAGCAUUUUAGUUGUUCUAUUGGGUGUUGCAAUCUGCACGGUUACAGAUGUGAGUGUUAAUGCCAAAGGAUUUAUCGCGGCUUUCAUUGCCGUUUGGAGCACUGCUCUACAGCAAUAUUACGUUCAUUUUCUCCAAAGGAAGCAUUCUAUUGGUUCGUUCAACUUGUUAGGACACACUGCACCACCUCAAGCUGUAUCAUUGCUGUUAGUUGGCCCUUUUAUGGAUUAUUGGUUGACGGAAAAAAGAGUCGACGCUUUUCACUAUACCUCCACAUCAACGAUGUUUGUGGUGUUGUCUUGUGCGAUUGCUAUAGGAACGAACCUAAGCCAAGUCAUAUGCAUUGGUAGAUUCACGCCGGUGUCUUUUCAAGUUCUUGGCCAUAUGAAGACCAUUCUCGUGUUGAUUUUGGGGUUUCUUUUCUUCGGAAAAGAAGGGCUUAAUCUACACGUGGUUGUGGGGAUGAUGGUUGCUAUUGUCGGAAUGGUUUGGUACGGUCAUGCAUCGUCUAGGCCAGGUGGCAAAGAGCGGGCCCCAUCUCCGUCUAACAACACACUCGAGGAAGAAGUUGGAUUAGUCAAAGCGAACGAGAUUGACGAGAAGGUCUAGUGACAAUCGGGCAAAGUUAAUAGAAAGGCAGAAACUUAUAUUUUUACAAAAGAAAAUAUAGAAAAAAAUAAAAUGAUAGAUUAAUUUUAUUUGCAUGUCGGAAAUUACUAAUAUAUCGUUAGAAGAGGCGACGAACCGGGGAAAGCACCAGUAAUGUAUUAUAAUGAGAAUAUAAUGCAUUUUUGCAAGAAAUUAAUUCAGAAAAAAGAAAAAAAAAACCUCGAAAGCUAAAUUCUCUGCGCUCCUGUUGAGUGAGUCGGUC